CUCUUCCGCGGGUUGAGCCACAACUCAACAUUUGUCCUCACACGACGCAAAAUAAACAACACAAAUUACGCUCUACUACCACCAUGGCCGCCAGCAACCGCAAAGAGCGGCGAGCGAAAGAAGCGAACAAGACGACUCCGCACCCGUUCGAUCCCCACACCGAGCUCGACGAAGAGAGCAUCAGGAGCAUUUUGAAGCACCCAGACCGCGCUGGGCCAAAGGGCAAAACACUCUUCGAGCUCGCCGACGAACGACAGCGAGAACUUGAUGCAGCGAAGCCCAAAAGUCGAAUUUUGGAGGUGCAAGAGGCUCUUAAUGAGCCUGUCGGCGCCGUAGGAGACGCUAUCCUUUAUGCCAUCUCGAUGACUGCGCUGCACCUUACCCUCGAUGUUAUCGUCUACAACCAAUACCGCGAGGCCAUUCUCUGGGACGAGAUUUUCAAGCGCGCCGUUGCUGCCUCACCAAUUUUCGCCGUUCUCGUAUACCUCACCCACGUUGAGUUCUCGAAUCGAUUCCCAGUCCUGCGCAAUCUGGCGUUCCUGGUCGGCUCUAUUGCAGCUGGCUGCUACAUCGUAUGGGCAGCAAACACCAAGGGCUACUUCUAUGUCAUGAAGACUGCUCCUCCAGUCGGUGCGCUGUGGGUCUGGAGUGUUAUCGAGAUGAGCCUCUCCUAUGCGGCAGCCAAUGUCGUUGCUAUCGUCGCGUACAUCUGGUGGAAUCAGUUCGAGUUCUUCUAAGCUGCAGGUUCGAGGCUGAGAGCCAGACACCUGCUCGCUGGGAGAAUUGACCCCACAGCGCAGUCCUCCUAGACAUAUUGGUAGUAAGCCAGGCAGUUCACUGUGGAUCAAACAGUCCUCACAGGUCUGUCAAGCUGGAUGUGCAAAUGAGCCAGCUGGGCCAUGACGGGGCGACUGAGAGGAGGACCUGGUCGCGCGGUGAACGAUCACAGCAUGGCUAGCGACGCUUAUGUCAACAACA